AUGAACAAGCGAAGAUAUAGGGACGAAGAAUCUGGGCAAAGAGCGGAAGAAAGAAAGCCAGUGGGUGAAUCAGAAAUAUACGAAAUGAUGCUUAAAAAGGUACGGCUUCUUAAAGAGCACGAACUGAAACUAGUCACAACGAAAGUGCCAUAUGAAGAAUACUUUCGCCAAUACUAUGAAGUGUGGCUGCAGGAUAAAAUAAUGAACGGGCUCUUUAAAAGCAUCUGGUAUAUGGAAAAGGACCUGUGGAUGCUUCAGUCGCACGCUGACGCCUUUAUGGAAUUUCGGGACUUUAUUGCACACCACCGGACGAGCAUUCGCCUGGAAACAGAGAACAAAGCAUGCCUAUUGCAGACGGAGCUUUUUGAUAAGUUCAGAGCAGAGUCUGAGGUGUCUGCGCCUGUUGUUGUGAUCAAGGGUAUUGGGGAAAAGGCUGUUAUUCGAGAGCUUCUGGAGAAGAUCCAAAAGGUGGUUGAGGUCACUGAGUGGGCAAUGUCUCAGGCAGGGGGAACGCCUGAAAGUUUCCAAAAAACUCUCUAUCUCAGAACAGAGAUGGACAUAUCUGAGUUUAAAAAGGCAGUAAAGGAGUUAAUUCCUGAGGAGUCUAUUUUAACUGUGCAGUAUCUUCCAACUGCGGGAAUGAGCCGUGGCAUAAAGGAGGUGGGCCGCCAGUUUAUGGACAAGUACUCUCUAAUUGAAACAGAAAAACAGGCAAAGAACAUUCUGCUGCGCAUGUCAGAACUAUUCGGGGUGCCUGAUGUUUAUAAAAUAGUGUGCUCUCUGGAAAGCAAAGUGCAAAAAGAAGAGAUAAUUGAUUUGUAUAUCCUUGCGCUUAGAAAGAUCUUUAACUUCUGCUACUACUGCGGAGUAAAGUACGAUAACCCAUACGAAAUGGUCUUUAAGUGCGGCCUUUAUCAUCUAAGAAACAAUAAUGUGUUGGACGAGUCCAGCCCAGUGGAAUACAGAAAGUUUAUCAGCCACUUUGAGAUAGAUCGAAUGGGGUAUCUAAAGAGUAUACCACAGGAGCUUAGUGUUAGUCUGUUUUAUGUUGAGAAACAGGAUAACAACGAAAUAGAAUGCAAGUACUGCAACAAGAAGUUUGGAAGUAUUGAGUUUUUUGAAAAGCAUUUGGAGAGAAAGAAGCAUAAAGCACAUGAGAUGAGUAUCAAGCUACACAGUGACUUUAUAAAGUGCAUUCAUUCGCUCAACUAUCAGCUUAUUCAUGAGAUUGAAAGAAGGUAUUUAAAGAUUCCAUUUCAGCUGUAUAACUACAUGUGUGUAAAUAUGGAUGCAAAAGAGCAAGAGACCGACUAUAGCAAUUUAGAAAAGAAGUAUCCAAUCUUAGAGACCAACAUGCCAAUUUCUAUUGAAGAGUUUAGUGUGAACGAGCUGUAA